CAAUUGAAGCAGCGAUCAAUUCUACAGAGAAUUAGAUGCUUUUUGUAUUGAAAUAGAUAGUAAAUGAUAUACGAUAAUAUAUUUUAUUUAAUAUGUUUAUUAUUAAAAAUUUAUACUACAUACUUUAUACUAUAUUUUAGCAUAUAUUAUUUCAUAAAUAUUUUAUGCAGCUGGGGACUUAACGACGUUUUAUAAUUCAACAGAAUAUAUAAACUAGCGAAGAUUUACAGCUUUUGUUUAAUACGUAACCUUAAUUUUGUACCAUUUCUGCAAAUGAUAACCUAAUCUCGCUUGGUUUUGUUUAUUUGAUUGCUCGAGUCGCUGUAUUGCCGUAUGGAGGGGAUAUGAAAUGGUGUGAUUGUGCAGAGAAGAAAUAAAAAGCCUUCAGAGUUACUUUCGUUCGAAGUGACUCGAAAAGUCUCAUGACGAAUCCUAUUGUAUGUGUUAAUUAUUAUGCGACCACGCAACACAUCGCAUUAUCAUAGUAUGUUAAAUCGCUCCGGGAUUGAUCGUAAAGGAAAGAAAAAUCUUGAUUGAUCACAAUGCGGACAGCUAUCGCGGUGUUCUGUGUUUUUCUAGGCUGUUGUACCAACGUCGUGUUCCUGGAGCUACUUGUCAAGGAUGAUCCUGGUAGCGGAAAUCUUAUCACGUUCUCGCAAUUUCUCUUUAUAUCUAUUGAAGGAUUUUUAUUCACAUCCAAAUGCGGCACCGUUAAGCCAAAUAUAGGCAUAAAGGACUAUUUUCUCCUAGUUACAAUGUUCUUUAUCACCAAUGUUUGCAACAAUUAUGCCUUUGACUUCAAUAUUCCCAUGCCGUUGCAUAUGAUAUUCAGAGCUGGUUCUCUUAUAGCCAACAUGAUCAUGGGAAUUGUGAUUUUGAAGAAGAAGUACACAUUUAGCAAGUACUUAUCAGUAUUUAUGAUUACUUCAGGCAUAGCGAUUUGCACGAUCAUCAGUGGUAAGGAGAUCAAGUCCUUGAGACAGAAAGACACGGAGCAUGUGCCCACAACGCCGUGGGAAGACUUCUUCUGGUGGAGUCUGGGCAUAUCUCUGCUCACGAUCGCUCUAUUCGUCUCCGCGAGAAUGGGCAUCUACCAGGAGGUGUUGCACAGUCGAUAUGGCAAAAAUGCGCGAGAGGCUCUGUAUUAUACACAUCUGCUACCCUUGCCAUUCUUCGUAACGUUAGCACCUAACAUCUACGAUCAUUGGAAAUUCGCGUUUGCAUCUGAGCCUAUGGAAUUGCCUCUGAUCGGCGUGUACCUACCAAAAUUAAUCGUAUAUUUAGUCGGGAACAUCUUGACGCAGUACAUGUGCAUCAGUUCUGUGUUUGUGUUAACGACAGAAUGCAGUUCACUCACAGUCACUCUGGUGAUAACCCUGCGAAAGUUCCUGUCUUUACUCUUCUCUAUAGUUUACUUCAAAAAUCCAUUUACUUUACAUCACUGGAUCGGAACUUUACUAGUCUUUGUGGGUACGAUUAUAUUUACAGAAGUAGUGCCAAAGAUUAAGCAAAGUUUGCAGCCUAUACCUAAGAAAGUGGAUUAGAGAUGUUAACGUUAUUAAAAAUGAAUGCGAACUAAACACCGUGAUUCAUUUUCAAUUAUGCAGUAACGAAUUCCUCAUGGCAUUUAUGGCGUCUAAUAAACAAUGCAUGAGAGAAAUUCGCGAAUGGUUAUAACACCUGACAAGGUGACUAAUGCCGUCCAUCAAUUUAUACAAAUAUAUAUGUAUAAUACGUUUUUCUCUCUCUCUGUAAAAUAGCGACAAAUAUAUAAUAUUUGAAAUUUGUCUUUACUAUCCGCUGCUGUAUUUUCAUAAUUAAAUUGACAAAUAAAAAUA